AUGGCUCUUCAGUAUAUUUUCUUCUUUAUUGUGUUAUUGCUUUCUCUUUUCUAUCCUUGUCGAGCCACCAUAGAUAACCAGUUUCAGUUCUUCACGGUCAUGAAAAACUCUCUCUCAGGUAACUCCUUGACUAAUUGGGAUGUUAGUGGAGCAAAACAUUUCUGCAACUACACAGGAAUUGGCUGCAAUGAUCAAAGGUACGUUGUGAAGAUUGACGUAUCUGGGUGGUCACUAUCUGGCAGUUUCCCUGACGAUGUAUGUGCUUACUUGCCUGAGCUGCAAAUUCUUCGUCUCAGCCACAACCUCCUCCGUGGUAACUUUCCUCAGACCAUCACCAACUGCUCUCUGUUGGAAGAGCUGAACAUGAGCUCUACAUAUCUUACAGGAACACUGCCAGACUUAUCGCCAAUGAAGUCCCUCAGAUUACUUGACCUGUCAUACAACCUCUUUUCAGGUGACUUCCCUAUAUCAACCACAAACCUCACCAAUCUUGAGGCGGUGAACUUCAAUGAAAAUAGUGGUUUUAACCUAUGGCAACUGCCAGAGAACUUUUCCAGGCUGACGAAGCUGAAGUCCAUGGUCUUGACUACAUGCAUGGUGAGUGGUCCAAUCCCAGCAUCGAUAGGAAACAUGUCAUCGCUUGUUGAUCUUGAAUUGAGUGGGAAUUUUCUAGUGGGCAAGAUUCCAGUAGAGCUUGGGCAGCUGAAGAACUUGCAGCAGCUUGAGCUUUACUAUAACCAACUUGAUGGAGAAAUACCUGAGGAGCUUGGAAAUCUAACUGAACUCAGAGAUUUGGACAUGUCUGUGAACAAGUUGAUAGGCAAAUUGCCGGAAUCUAUAUGCCGCCUUCCAAAACUCGAAGUCUUGCAGCUUUACAACAACAGUCUCCAAGGAAAAAUUCCGGAUGUCAUUGAUAACUCAACAACAUUGACCUUGUUAUCCCUUUAUGACAACUUUUUGACAGGCAAAGUUCCACGAGAUCUAGGGAUAUCAUCACCUCUGACUCUUUUGGACUUGUCAGAAAAUCAUCUGUCUGGAGAACUACCGGCAGCAGUGUGCAACGGAGGUAAACUGUUAUAUUUCCUUGUCCUUCAAAAUACAUUUUCUGGCGUACUACCUGAAAGUUAUGCAAAGUGUGAGUCUCUUAUCCGGUUUCGAGUUGAUCAUAACCACUUGGAGGGAGUGAUACCAGGAGGGCUUCUAGCUCUUCCUCGUGUUUCAAUUAUUGAUUUGGGUUACAAUCGCUUGAAUGGUCCAAUUACCAAUAUCAUUGGAAAUGCUAAGAACUUGUCGGAACUAUUCAUACAGAGCAACAGGAUUUCAGGUGUUCUACCUUCUGAAAUCUCUCAAGCUAUCAAUCUGGUAAAGCUUGAUCUCAGUAACAAUCUCCUGUCCGGCCCAAUACCUUCUGAAAUCAGCAACCUAAAAAAGCUCAAUUUGUUGCUAUUGCAAGGUAACAAGUUCAAUUCCUCCAUCCCCAAGUCACUUUCUUCACUAGAAUCUCUCAACGUUCUUGACCUCUCUAACAAUCAAUUGAUGGGAAGUGUCCCAGAAAGUCUUGGGGAACUGCUACCAAACUCCAUGAACUUUUCAAACAAUCUGCUUUCUGGUCCCAUCCCUCUCCCAUUUAUCAAGGGGGGAUUAUUAGAAAGCUUUUCAGGCAAUCCAGGUGUUUGUGUUCCUGCCUAUCUCAAGUCUUCAGAUCCCAAUAUCCCCAUAUGUUCACAACCUUACAACCGUAAGAAGAUAAACUGCAUCUGGGUGAUAGGAAUUUCGGUAGCGAUCGUUAUUGUUGGAGUCAUCUUAUUUCUAAAGCACUGGUUUAGUAAAGAAAAAGCUGGAAUGGAACAUGAGGAGACCAUGUUUUCUUCCUUUUUCUCAUAUGAUGUCAAAACCUUCCAUCGUUUAAGGUUUGAUCAACAUGAGAUCAUUGAAGCCAUGGUUGAUAAGAACAUAGUCGGGUAUGGUGGAUCUGGGACAGUGUACAAAAUUAAGUUGAGGAACGGGAAAGUUGUAGCUGUAAAGAAGCUCUGGAGUGGGAAAGCUAAAGAUUCUGUUUCUGAUGAUGAAUUGUUCCUAGACAAGGGGCUGAAAACUGAGGUUGAGACUCUAGGAAGCAUAAGGCACAAGAACAUUGUGAAAUUGUAUUGCUACUUCUCCAGUUUGGAUUGCAGCUUGUUAGUUUAUGAGUACAUGCCAAACGGAAACCUUUGGGAUGCACUUCACGGAAAAAAGAUCCUUUUGGAUUGGCCCACUCGUCAUCAGAUUGCCUUAGGGAUUGCACAGGGUUUGGCUUAUCUUCACCAUGAUCUGUUGCCACCAAUUAUUCACAGAGACAUCAAGUUGACCAACAUCCUACUGGAUGUCGAAUAUCAGCCAAAAGUUGCAGACUUUGGAAUAGCCAAAGUUUUGCAAGCAAGAGUGGGGAAGGAUUCCACCACUACUGCUAUCGCAGGAACUUAUGGUUACUUGGCUCCUGAAUAUGCAUAUUCUUCCAAGGCAACAACCAAGUGUGAUGUCUACAGCUUUGGAGUCGUACUCAUGGAAUUAAUAACAGGGAAGAAGCCUGUGGAGGCAGAGUUUGGAGAGAACAAGAAUAUCAUAUAUUGGGUUUCAACCAAAGUGGAGACGAAAGAAGGAGCUAUAGAGGUCUUAGACAAGCAAGUGUCAGGGUUGUUCAGGGAUGAGAUGAUCAAGGUGCUCCGGAUUGCCAUCCGUUGCACAUGUGGCACCCCGGCCCUUCGCCCAACUAUGAGUGAAGUCGUUCAGUUGUUGAUUGAAGCAGAUCCCCGCAAAUUUGAUUAUUGCCAGUCGUCAAAUAAGACCGAGGAAACAGCAAACAUCACCAAGCCGAAGAACCCAUAUGAUCUGUGAUUAGAGGUGUUUUAUGGGGAUUAUGUAAAGUAGCAUAGGGUCUAUAGAACAGUACUGGCUCUCAAACUACUGAAAGACUAACCAAGAAAAGCAGUAUAUAGAGAAAAGCACUUUUUUUUUUCUCCUUUUUCUUUUUCUUUCUUGACAUAUUGUAAGCAUUUGAGGAAUUCAACCAAAUAAAACUGCUUUAUGGCAAAG